GGGCCAAACCCGACCCAUAUACCCAAAACCCAUUUACCAAAUCAUCACUGACGAGUGAAGACGGGUAGCGAGUUGAGAAUUCUGAUUUUUCAGCCUCCCUCGUCCUCCCACUCAGAAAGCUUCCAUCUUGCAAAAAUGGCCGACGAAGCCAACCGAGCCGCGUUCAUGGAGAUUCAAGGCCGCAUGAUUGAGCUUACUGCGAAAUUGAAGCAGGUGCAGACGCAGAUGCGGAACAAGGAAGGAGAAAAGAAGCGUGCUUUUCUGACCCUGGAGGAGCUGCGGCCUUUAUCUGAUGAUUCAAAUACUUACAAAUCUAUAGGGAGAACGUUUGUUUUAGAGCCAAAGUCGGUGUUAGUGAAUGAACACGAACAAAAGCUCAAGGAUAGUGAGAGUGCAAUAGCCUCGCUCCAGACUUCAAAGGAAUAUAUCGAGAAACAGGUUGCAGAAGUGGAGAGCAACUUGAGGGAGCUAUUGAACCAAGAUCCCGGUCUUGCUCGCCAGAUAAUGUCCAUGACUGUAAUGUAACUUUUAAAUUCGUGAAACUUUUCUGCAGUUAUUCUGUUUUCCAUUCGGAACAAAACAAGAAAUUUGUAGUAUUUAUUUGUUUUCCUCUCAA